AUGAAUGCUCUUGCGCGCACGUUUAACGCAGUGCAGUUAUGUUCAUUUUUUAAAAUUUGCUUCCUGCUAGGAGUUCUUGGAAAUUUUGCUGUGAUCAUCCUCAAGCCAAACUGGCAGCACCUGUCCAGUCUGAGCCAGAGUCUGAUGCUGAAUUUGGCCAUAUCAGAUCUGAUCUGCCUGCUCCCCCUGCCUCUGUGGAUUUACACUUUUGUGAAAGGCUGGACUCUCGGCCUGGUAGCUUGUAAGCUUCUGGCAUAUUUCAUGUACUGCAGCCUCUAUUCUAUCCUCCUGACGGUGACAGUGCUGAGUGUCCAGCGCUACCUGGUGGCUGUGCUGCUGAAAGAGUGCCUGAUAGGAUUUUUUUCAAUUUCUGUUGUCACAUUUUCAUACAUGGGCCUCCACAGGAAAGUGAACCAAGCAGCUUUCUUCAACAACCCACAGACGACCCGGCUGGUCACAAGUAUCAUUGUGACCCUUUUUGUUCUAAGGAUGCCAUUUUACAUCACAAAUGUUCUUGGUCUGGCAGCUCUUUCACUCAAAAAUGAAGCCCUGUUGAAGUUUUGCUGGAAAAUCUGGAACCUUGUUACAGCACUGGUAGUGUUGAAUAGCUGCCUUAAUCCACUCCUUUAUGCAUUUGCUGUGUGCCGUAAAAGGGAAAAUGAAUAG